AUGAUGAAAAUGAAGAUCCUAUCAGCUCUUGUUUUGCUGAGCAUGCUGCUUGGUACUAACAUGAUGCCUUUCAGUCGGCUUUCUUGUUACAAGAAAGUGCUAAAAGAUCACAACUGUCACAGCAUCCCAGAAGGUGUGGCCAGUCUUCGACGCAUUGAUGGAAAUCUUCAAGACCACUUCUGGGAAGGGCAAAGCUGUGAGAUGAUCUGUUACUGCAAUUUUAGCGAAUUACUCUGCUGCCCAAAAGAUAUUUUCUUUGGACCAAAGAUCUCUUUUCUGAUCCCUUGCAACAAUCACUUAUGAGCAGCACGUGUACCAGUGAGAAGACACACACAGGACUUCACAACAGGAGAUAAACAAUGUUGUCAUAGAAAAUCUAUUCCUUUCU